UGAUCCGUCUAUCAGUCGCUUCGCGGCCGCUGCUGGGAGAGGUUCGCUUGUGUCGUUAACUCGCGUUUCGUGACGCACCUCUACUUUCGUCACGCCGAGUCUCCGUGAGUCGAGUCGGAUCGAGUGUGCUCGUUUAUACCUUCCUCUCUUUCUCUUCCUCUCUCUCUCUCUCUCUUUCUCUCUUUCUCUCUCGAUCAACAAAAUCGACCCGUCGCAUCAAUCGCUCACCGGCGGCUCAUAGCCGUUUCGCUGACGCGAGGCAGACAGAAGGACGGAGAAGAGAAGAGAGGAGAGGAGAGACAAAUAGCGUUUUCGAACGCGCGCGCGCGCGCGAGCCAAACGUUCACCCUCAGUAUCGCGCGCGCCGUUCUCGCGCCUCUCAGGUAAACAACGAGGGAGUGCAGUGUGCCAGUGUUCUCGUAACGCGUCGGUGUUAACGUUCCCGCGACGACAUCGCCGUUUGACGAGUAGGUGGAGAGGAGCGGCGGCGUAAACAGGCCGUAACAAGCGUGAUACACCGGAUACGCGAGUCGCAGCGAGACAAUCUCGGCCGGCGUUUUUCCGCCACGAGACGAGGCACCGUCACAACGACGACGACCACGAUCACGACAACGUCCGCGACGCGAGACUGGGGCGGUUUUUCCUGCCUUACCGACCGAAAAAAGGGCACGCCGCGGCGUCGCCAACACAAAGAGACACGACGGCGAGACGCGCGUUGCGCCUGAGGACAGCCCGUGUCGCUGGUGCGCGUCCUUUUUGACUCUCUCUUUCUCCGGAUGAAUGUAACGGCUGCCCUCACCUGACCCGUAUCUGGAGCUGCGAGAGACAGAAAGGAGGGUGACACGUUUACACGCGCGUCGCCCAAUGAAGCGGUAGUGGCGAAUGGAGUGGAGAUCGCGCCGAUGGAUUGUCGCCGAGGAAGGAAAUCGGGCGUGGAUGAUCAUACCGAUCGUUGCGUUGCACCGGGACGUACGUCGCCGUACAACGCGUCAUCGUCGUGAGUGCCGAUCGGCUUCGUAGCGGCCACGCGAUCGCGGUCGUUCGCAUCAUCGUGCGAGAGCGUCUCCGCUCGACACCUGCCCUUCUCCUCUUCGGAGUUUUGUUACCGGUUGUUGCUAUUGUGUUUUAUAUUGUUGUUGUUGGUUGUUGAGGAGUAACAAGCCGCGAGCCGCGCGACAUGAAGCGAAGUUCUCGCGCGCAUUGAAAAAAAAGAAGAAAAAGUGAGUGUAUCGAUAUACAGUGAUAUACACAUAAUACACACGCGCGCACACAUACAUACACACACACACACACACACACACACACACACGUAUAUAUAUUGGAUUUCUUCUCUCCUGAACGCGCCAGUCGGUAAGCCACGGAGGAAGGAUGUAUCCUAGCGCCGGAAUCAACGCAGCCGCCGUGGCCGCCGCCGCUGCCAGGCAUCCGGGUCCACCACAGCCUGGUCAAGGCUUCAAAUUUUCAAUCAACGACUCUUGCGACCGUAUUAAGGAGGAAUUCAACUUCCUGCAGGCCCAGUACCAUAGCCUUAAAUUGGAGUGCGAGAAACUGGCCAGUGAAAAAAUAGAGAUACAGAGGCAUUACGUGAUGUAUUACGAGAUGUCGUACGGCCUCAACGUGGAGAUGCACAAACAGACGGAGAUAGCGAAGAGGUUGAAUGCCAUCAUCGCUCAGAUCCUGCCGUUUCUCUCGCAGGAGCAUCAGCAGCAGGUCGCCACUGCGGUCGACAGGGCCAAACAAGUGACCAUGACCGAGCUGAACGCUAUUAUCGGGCAACAAAGGCCUGACCUGCCGAGACUCAUACAACAGAUGCACGCCCAACAAUUGCCGCCGGGCGCGGCGAUGGGACCGCAUCCGGGCAUACCCGGACUUCCCGGACUGGGCCCUGGCGCGGGUAUACCGGUCCCCACCUCGGCGUCUGCGGCUUUACUCGGCUUAGGUCUGCCACCGGGAGCUGCCGCUACACCCGGGGGUACCGCCGCACACCCCCUUUCGAUGCUGACGAAACCGGACCUGCAUCGCGGCCAGCCCGACGAUCUCAAGUCCAAUGGAGGUCUCAAUCCAGCCGAGGAGAGGCAUAGGAACUCGAUAUCGCCGGCCGAGCGUGAGAAGUACAGCAGGCCCCGCAGCACGCCAGAUCCGCAGCAUCACGAGCACCUGCACCUUGCAAAGAAGAUGAAGAAGGAACAGGACAAGGAUAUAGGCCAUCAAAGCGACGGUGAAAAGAGCGACCAGGACCUGGUGGUGGACGACGCGAGCGAGGGCCCGACUAGCCCGGCGGCGAACGGCACCUCCUCACCGCGGGAGAACGGCCUCGACAAACUCGGACCUUCCUCGGUGCCACUGAGCGGUCAGGUGAAGAAGGAGGUGCCGCCGCCGUCACCGAGGAGCGGCACUAGUAGCAACGCCAGCACCCCUUCGGCAAAGAAGAUGGAGGAGCGCGAGAAACCAACCACACCAAUUUCAAAACCAGUCACACCGACGUCUGCUGGUGGCAGUAGCUCUGGUUCGGGUGGCCUGAAGCCAUCGAGUUCCAGCAAACCGCUGGUCUCGGCCUCCGUGGUCGGUCCUUAUCCGCCGCAUUAUCCACCACACCACCCGCCAGCGGGUCCCCAUGUGGACAUGCUAGGCUAUCCUCCGGCGGCGCUCAACGGCUACCCGACGAGACCGCCACUUCAGCAGCUCUACGACCCCCACGCCAGCAUGAGAGCACCUCUCGGACCGCUCGGUGUUCCGGGUGGAAAACCAGCGUACAGCUUCCACGUGUCUAGCGAAGGUCAAAUGCAGCCGGUGCCUUUCCCACCCGACGCUCUAGCGGCUCCCGGGAUACCGCGUCAUGCGCGUCAGAUAAACACGCUCACCCACGGAGAAGUGGUCUGCGCAGUGACGAUCUCGAAUCCGACCAAGUACGUUUACACCGGCGGCAAGGGAUGCGUCAAGGUGUGGGACAUCAGCCAGGGUGGUAGCGGCAGCGCCAAGCCUGUUUCGCAGUUGGAUUGCCUGCAACGGGACAACUACAUUAGGUCGGUGAAGCUGUUGCCGGAUGGACGGACUCUGAUAGUCGGUGGCGAAGCGAGUAACCUGAGCAUUUGGGACCUAGCCAGUCCGACUCCGAGGAUCAAGGCGGAAUUGACAUCGUCAGCGCCGGCCUGUUACGCCUUGGCGAUCUCUCCGGACUCCAAGGUCUGCUUCAGUUGUUGCAGCGACGGCAAUAUCGCCGUCUGGGACUUACAGAAUCAGACGUUGGUGCGCCAGUUCCAAGGACACACAGACGGCGCUUCCUGCAUCGAUAUUUCCGCCGACGGCUCAAAGUUAUGGACCGGCGGUCUCGACAACACUGUGCGUUCUUGGGAUCUACGCGAGGGCAGACAAUUGCAACAACAUGACUUCACGUCGCAGAUAUUUUCUCUGGGCUAUUGUCCCACUGGCGAGUGGCUGGCAGUCGGUAUGGAGAACUCGAACGUCGAAGUACUCCACGCCACUAAGCCUGACAAGUAUCAACUGCAUCUGCACGAAUCCUGCGUGCUUUCGCUGCGCUUCGCCUCCUGUGGCAAAUGGUUCGUUUCCACUGGAAAGGAUAAUCUGCUGAACGCGUGGCGCACGCCAUACGGUGCCUCGAUAUUCCAGUCGAAGGAGUCAUCGUCGGUGUUGAGCUGCGAUAUCUCCACCGACGACAAGUACAUCGUGACAGGAUCCGGUGAUAAGAAAGCCACCGUCUACGAAGUGAUAUAUUGAGCCAUCGAUUCGACGGUGUACUCGAAUACUCGUGCAACGUCGACCGUAUCAAGUUUGUUCUGACUCACUUACGUGUGACCGACUCGCAAUCGAAGUGGAAUCGAAAGGGAUAGUAAAAUGCAUCUCUUUCGCGCGAAUCUUCGAUGCUUCGUCCGUAAAACGAUACCAAGAGGAUACACGCGAGUUUCGCGGGCACUACGGGACUCUCGGUCGCCACAGAUCCGAGAGAUAGAGACGGCGAGGACAGCCGAGACGACUUCCUCUCGCACGCUUCUGCAAUGUGCGAGAGCCCCAGUGAUCGAAUUAGUGUGAAUCGCGAAAAUAUAAAUAUAUUUGAAACAGAAGAAUAUAUGAUGCGGAACGUAUUAGCUACGUAAGAUUGUAUAGAGCCUAUGUUCGCGCGUGUGUGAGUAGAGACGAGCGGGAUCACGAUGAGAGAGUAAGAAUGAGAGACGUGUAAGUUCGCACCGGACUGUAUUAUCGCGCGGGAGGUCGACGCGAAGUCGUUUGUGUAAUAUAUUCUGUAGGAUUUUUGAGAUUGUAGAAUUGCGUGCGAUUGCAUGUCCGGGGAGAGAGAGAUAACGGGGUGUUUCGAUGAGUUGAGUGCGCGCAUUUUCGUCGCGGGCGUCGAGCGCGAGCAUCGCUGACGUCGAUCAACAACAUGGAGUGAACGACGCCGCGGCGAAAACACCUCUGAAUACGUGGAAUGCUGAUGAUCUAGUGUCGUAGACCUGUCAAAGUAGGGAUGUAUGUUGUGUCGCAGAAUUAUACAUAAUAUAUUGAGCACACGCAGAGAGAAAGAGACAUCCACAUACAGACAUACAUAUACAUACGUGUACACAUCACACACAUACAUACACGUAGACAGAACCGUCAGAUAGCGGUAAAACUUAGGGCUAUGAAGAAUCCGAUAAGCAUCGAUCACGCUGGACGAAAGAGCCGACGUAAAUGGUGAUCUUUGACAUUUCUACCACCGACAAGAGGAGCAUAUAAUUUGUACUUAUCGCUUUGAUUUUUAAUUACAAUUCUUUCAUAAUUAUAUAUACAUACAUAAAUAUAUAUGGCACUGUUGCGUCUGCCGUUAAGACUUUAUUAUAAUUGAGAUUUUAUAAACAGGUCGCGCGCGCGGAGAUAGGGAGAGAUCAAAAGAGAUACAAAAGAUCGCGAAAAACGAAACAAACGCGAAUAGAGAGAGAGAGAGAGAGAGAGAGAGAGAGAGUGCUCUCCGGUCUUGCGCGUUUUGACCGAGACUUUAGGGAAAACUGGCUUUCAUACGCCUGUUACAAGCGGGAUAAUAAAACGAGAUCGGUAAUAAAUAUCUCGACAACUAGAAAGAGAGAGAAAGAUAGAAGUGACUCUAUGUAGUUGCGCGCGGAAAACUUACCGCGUGGCGGCUUCUUUCUUGAUAUACAUAACACACAGUGUACAUCGUUUGCGAGUACUCGACUGCCAUAAUAGGCAUACAUUACUACGCAUACGCGUAAUACGCGCGAGCGGACCACGUACGUGGGCGGAUUUUGCAGAAUAUUCAAUAAAGUAUUUUUGUGACUACUCAUCGUGACCCUAGGCUUAUAUAAAAGAAAAAAAAAACAUAAGGAACGAAAAGGUACCAUCGAGAGAAGCGAGAUCCGGUCGAGCGCGAUCGGGGCGUUACACCCUUGCGCGCGCGUGUCUGUAUCCGCUGCAGAUCGUCGGGAAGACGAAAGAUAAGAAAGAGAAGACGGGAAAAAGGGAAUAAAAUAAAAAAAGGAAGAAACACACUGACUCUUUAAAACGCUGCCGCUCUCUUCGGCGCGACGAAGACGGAGGUGCGUCUUGGACUUAGGGUACCAUAGCUAGCGCCAUUAUUAUUCGGAACCGUAUGGUGAAAGCGGGUGAUGCGUAAUGGAGAUUUAUAUUUUGUUACAGGAAGGCACACACACGUUGACACCGCUGUGAUCGUCCGAAAUUCAAAUGCCAUACAAUACUGCCGCGACUAAAAAAAAAAUGAAAGAAAAAAAAAUAUAAAAGUGAAUGAGAGAACGUAAACUGAAACGGGGAAAACUUUGCGCGACACACGGAGAGUCACGAAAUAAUAAGACGCGGUCAGAGAGAACACCAACGCGCUUUUUACGCCACGCACUUUUACGCACGCACGCACGCACGCAUGUACAGACAGAUAGACGGACGAACGAACCAACGAACGCACGCACGCACGCACGCACGCACGCGAUUGCGAAAGAGACGACGCGAUUUUGGACGAGCACAGCUCCGGAUUAUAUAGACCAAUAGUAACAACGAUACCUCAAGAAGACUCAAUAGUUAAUUAUCUCUAAACUCAAUCGACUUGUACAGAAUCGAGAUAUUCUUUUACAGCAAAGUAACAUACACUUUCACUCACACGUACACAUAUACACAUACGCACCGUGGACAAAAUGAAAAACAAACGUGAAAGCAAGAAGGAAAAAAAAAUAACACAGGAAACUGCGCGCGACAGAAAGAUAAUCGCCACAAGCCGCGACGAUUGAUUGUGCCCCAUUUUCCCCAUUUUCUCCCUUCCUUCCCUCCAUCCAAGUCCCAUAUCCAACUGACAACCCCUCGUACUAAACUUGUACACGUCGUGUACACGUCAAACUGCGUCUCCGUGCUCGCAUUUUGCACUCCGCGAAAGCGUACGAAAGCCGUGGGUGAGAAAAAUAAUACGUUCGUAAUAAACGGAAGACGAGACAGCGUUAAUCUUUUUCCAAGCACUGUUCAAGUUGUUCCUAUAGCUACGCGAAAAAAAAUUGUUUCUUUCGGCAAUUAAAUCCUCUAUAUCUAUAUAUAUACAAGGAUCUAUCUCAACGUGAUUAUUUUCGCCAGCCCGUCUCCCCGAUCCCGUAAGUCGUGUGUUUUUAGUAUAAUUCGACAUUCGAAAUCUUGUUUAACUCUAGUAAAGUCGAAAUUCGAUUUGGCGGAAACUUAAAAUUUCUUUUUUUUUUCUCGUUUUUAGUUAAAAACUAUUGAUUGUCUUCUUGAUAUCGAUUAUUUUAUUGAUAUUUUUCAAUUACGCUGAUCCUAAUGUCGGUAGUUUUUUUCUUUUUUUUAUAAUAGUAUGUACAAAAAUAUAGGGUUACUUUUCUCGAUCAUAAAGAAGCAAAAUUCCACGCGCUGUAACUUCGAAAAUAGUAAUGCCAACGAGAUGAUUCAACAGGCAUUUUACAGGCUAAAGUCCUUAAUUUCUACAUAUAUUUAUAGAUAUAAUGUUUAAUUAUUUGUUGCAAUGUUACACGAAUCUAAAUCAAGAUAUGUCAAAUGUGAAAAUGAAGUUGAGUAAAAAUGAGUUUGUUCUCCACAUACAAAUGUUCAAACAAAAGGCACAAAAUAAAAGUGCAGAACGCAGAUUUUUCUAUUUAA